UGUUUUCACCAAAGGGAGCAAAUCAAAUCUCAUCGAUCCCUCUCACACUUUAUUUUCCCGAGCGCACAGACACUUCUGUAAGCCGUUCAGAGGAAUUACGCGUUCAGAGACGGAUCUUUAACGGCUCGGUUCUUUUGCUCGUUUUCAAACUUUUGUCGUUGAGAUUGAGGUUUUGAUGGAUACAGAAGACGGACACUUCGCCUGACUGUAUCAACAUGUAGCAUGGGUUUGUUUUCCCCUCCCUAUCAAGGCAUGAUGUCUUCAGGGAAGAUCUGGUGAGAUGGAGAAUGAUUCAUACUCGUCGCGUGAACACUUCCAUCUCGUUAUCAUGAACGAAAAACCCAAUAAACUGGUGUUCAUCCCGGUCUUGGCUGUGCUUUUCGUGAUGAUAGGCUAUCAGUACAUCUGUCCAGCGGGCAGUCAGUCGUGCCAUUUGCGGAACGGCGGCGAUCCGAGAGGGCGACACGCGGCUGUAACGGACGACGCGCCGCACGUGGAGCGCGAGCUGGAGCAAGACGCAGCGUCCAAGUUCAACUUCAGCGAGCGCGAGCUAGCGCGCCGCGUCGACUUCGACAUGAAAGGUGACGACGUGCUUGUGUUCCUGCACAUCCAGAAGACCGGCGGCACUACAUUCGGGCGGCACUUGGUGCGCAACAUGCGCCUGGAGCGACCGUGCGACUGCCAGACGGGCCAGAAGAAGUGCGCGUGCCGGCGUCCAGGCCGUGACGAGUCGUGGCUCUUUUCGCGCUUCUCCACGGGCUGGAGCUGCGGCCUGCACGCCGACUGGACCGAGCUCACUAACUGUGUGCCAGCUGUUAUGGACAAGAAGCGCGCUCCGAAGCGGAAAAAGAACUUCUAUUACAUCACCAUGCUGCGGGACCCAGUGUCACGCUAUCUGAGUGAGUGGAAGCAUGUGCAGCGUGGUGCCACUUGGAAAACAUCGCUCCACAUGUGUGAUGGCCGUGCACCCACCCAGGCCGAGCUACCUUCAUGUUACAGUGGUGAUGAUUGGUCAGGUGUGACACUGGGAGAAUUUAUGGCAUGUCCACACAACCUGGCUAACAACCGGCAGGUGCGCAUGCUGGCCGACUUGAGCCUGGUCGGCUGCUACAACCUCUCAUCCAUGGGUGAGCGCGAGCGUGGUGCUAUCUUGCUCUCCAGUGCCAUGACCAAUCUGAAAAACAUGGCUUUCUAUGGCCUGACCGAGUUCCAGCGUAAAACACAAUACCUGUUUGAGCGCACUUUUCGGCUGCACUUCAUUGCAGCAUUUAUGCAGCUCAACAGUACACGCGCUGCUGGUGUGGAGUUGCGGGAAGACGUGCGCGACCGCAUCGAACGUCUCAACUUCCUGGAUGUGCAACUCUACAAGUUUGCCAAGGAGUUAUUCCUGCAGCGUGUGCAGUUUGCACGCCAACAGGAGAGGCAGGAGCGGCGCUGGCAGCAUGAGCAGAAGGACCACCAGAGUAAAAGGCAGUCAGAAGAAAUUCAGUCGCAGCCUGCCACCACAGAGGACUACGCCAGCCAGGUGGCACGCUGGUGAUGUUCCUUACAAAAAGGCACACUCGCAGCACUGAGCCAAGUUGUAGAUGGGGUGGCUGUGUUUUUUUUAGCUCUUAUUCAUUCUUCUGUGUCAUUUUUUGUUUGAGAUGCAGUUAUACAGUGAUGUGAAAAAGUAUUUCUUCUGUUUUUGUAUAUAUCUCAUACUAAAUUGUUUCAGAAAUUAAAACAACAUCUAAGAUAAAACAAAGGUAAAUCGAGUAAACAUAAAAUACAGUUUUUAAAUGAUAAUGUUAUUUAUUGAAGCAAAAAGUUAUCCAAUACCAACUGGGCGUGUGUGAAAAUGUAUUUGCCCCUGUAGUUACUAAUUCCCCAAAACUAUGAAACUGCAUUCAUAAUGGGAUUCAGCUGGACUAGACGCAACCAGGCCUGAUUACUGCAGACCCUGUUCAAUCAAAUAAACACUUAAACAGAACUUUUUCAACAGAAUGAAGUUGGUUAAAAGGUCUUACCCAGUAACACACUAUGCCAAAGUUGAAAGAAAUUGCAGAAAUGAUGAGGAAGAAGGUGAUUGAAAUACAUCAGUCUGGGAAGGGUUACAAAGCUAUUUCACAGGCUCUGGGACUCCAAAGAACCACAGUGAGAGCCAUUAUUUCUAAAUGAAAAAACCCGGCACAGUAGUAAACUUUCCCAGAAGUGGCCGACCUUCCAAAAUUCCUCCAAGAGCACAGCAACGUCUCAUCCAGGAAGUCACAAAAGAGCCAAGGACAACAUAAAAGAAACUACAGGCCUCUCUUACAUCAAUAAAGGUCACUGUUCAUGACUCCACUAUCAGACAGACACUGGGCAAAAAUGUCAUCCAUGGAAGUGUGGCGAGGUGAAAACCACUUCUAACCCAGAAGAACAUUAAAGCUCAUCUGAAUUUUGCCAAAACUCACCUUGAUGAUCCGCAAACCUUUAGGGAGAAUGUUAGCAUAGGAGUAAUCUUAGUACUAGAAGUAAGUGAAAGAAUGAUCUCCAGUUAUCAGAAGCCUUUGGUUGCAAUUAUUGCUGCUAAAGGUGGUACAAACAGAUUUUAAGUUUAAUGGGGCAAUUAGUUUAUCACAUUGGUGUUGGAUAACUUUUUUUUGCUUCAAUAGAAAAAAACUAUAUUUCCUCAGGUUGCCUUUGUUUUAAAAAUAUUUAGUAUGAAAUAUACACAAAACAGGAGAAAUCUAGAUGGGGCAAAUACUUUUUCACAGCAAGUCAGUACACUGGGAAAUGUUUCCUUAGAGAGUCAAGUCUGAGAAUCUGAAACAUGCACACAAUGAAUAUUUAUAAUGCAACCUCAGUAGAUUGCAAUGUGGGUAAAGAGCAAUUCUACUCUUAAAAUGUUCUUAAACACAGCCUAGCAUCACAAAUUUCCAGACAAAUCUGGCUAAUGAUAAAUAAAAGCUAUGGGGAACCAGUUCUACAUUUGGAAGUUUUUCAGUGGCAUCAGCAUUUUUAUUUUCUGUUCCACUGAAGCACUGGCCGACUCUUUGGUGUUUCUGUUUAUGGCUUUAUGGGAAUGUCUCACUGAACAUCAUGGGAGUCUAUAUUUCCAUUCUCGAUAAGUGAUUAGUGAUGUGACAUGUUAAGGAUACACAGCAUUUUAAGCAGGAAC